AUGUCGAUACCCACUCGCGAUGGCGAACUCACAGCCAGCAAUGCAAGUCUUCAGCGAACCCCUUCUUUCAUCCAAUUUGCCCCGAAACGCGCCAUGGCCUCCUUUGAGAAUUUGGUGGUGUUGGCGAAUUACGAAGAGCGGCUUCGGGAAGCGCGAAAGAUAGUUUGGCGCGACCGCGGAGAGAAGCCAGUCGAGCUUGUCGACGUACGCGAGUGCUUUCUGCAUGCAGCAAAAGGCGGAUUGAGGUCGGGAGGGCUUGCCUUUGCCAUUCGCGCGGGCGUAAACUUGAUCCUACUCCUGACGAGGAUAAAAAAGAUCCCGAGGGACCACCGCUUUGCGCUCAUCCGCCAUGCUGCAUUUGGACCAGACUCGUUUCGUUUCGCAGCAAUGCUUGGGUCCUUUGUCGCCGUCUACAAGUUCAUCCUGAACGCCCUCCCUGUGCUCCUCCCCCAUUCCUCGCCCCCAGUACGACGUUCCAGCACGCAUCAUACCCGAUCACGCACCCUUCUCCAAGCGUCACUCCGCCCAUCGGCUUAUGCAUCUCCAUUCGACUCGCCAUUUUCUGGCGAAGAGCUUGAUGAGAGCCUGUCCGAGGACAUUGAGAUGGCUACGCCGGAGGUACUCCGCGGCUCCCGCCAUGCGCGACUAUCGAUGAGCGCACAGGCGCAUCAGGUAUGGGUGUGGAGGCGCACGCGCCAGUGGCAUGCCAUUUUAGCCGGUGCGCUCGCCGGAGCUAUAGCUAUCAUGUUUGAGAAGCGUGGUCGGCGCGUAGCAAUCGCACAACAACUUUUUGUUAGAGGCCUCCAAGGGUCGUGUAAUGCGCUUUCUUCCAAACAUGGAUUCCGUAUCCCACACGGAGACGUGCUUGUGUUCUCACUUAGCUGUGGCCAAAUCAUGUAUGCGUGGUUUUUUCGUCCAGAAACGCUGCCAAGGUCUUACGAUACAUGGAUUGCAAGUGCGAGUAAAGUACACCUUGAGACACUUGCGAUCCACAGAGAUUUGGUGCGCGACGGGGUAUUCAAAGUGCAGGACAUGCAAAAGCUCCUUGCUACAGAUAGUGUCACACCGCUUGCGCGCGCAGACAUGUUAUCUCGCGUUGCACUUGCGUCAGCACCUCCGCCGGAGCAGUACUUCGGACCUCCCUUUGUGCCGUGUUCAGCGUUGCAUCCCUGGUUUGAUUCUUGUACGCUCACACAAUUGGACCGACUGGUGUCCGUCUUUCGAUGGAUGCUGCCCAUCUACGGGGCUCUACACUUCAUUCCAAUGCUGCUCUUUCGCAGACAGCGCGUAUUCCGUGAUCCUUUGCGUAUGCUACUGCGCGCAGCCCUUGGUUCUGCGAGAAGUUCGGCAUUCUUGGGCGUCUUUGUACUAAUAUACCAAUCCUGCUUUUGCCUAAAUCACAACCUGUACAAUGAUCUCAUCGCGCUGCGGAAAUCCGUCUCUCCCUCAUUCCUUUCAUCGCUCGCCAAGCUCCUGCCGUUGCCACUUGUAAACGCGCUUGUCGCGCGGAAGAGCUACUACGUUUACGGGAUCCUUGCUGGGCUGUCAUUGUUCGUCGAAGAAAAGCGGAGGCGAGAGGAGCUCGCGAUGUACGUGCUUCCGAAAGGCCUCGAAAGCGCUUGGCUCACAGCCCGUGGCCGUGGUUGGGUCGGGCGUACGGGGCGAUGGGGAGAAGUCCUGCUGACUUCGGUGGGUAUGGGUAUGGUGAUGAGCAUAUAUCAAGCGUCAGUGGACGCUCUCCCGGAUAUAAAAGAAGGGAUUUUGCUGAACAAGGGAGAUCCAUCCCCUCAUCCUCUUACUGCAUUUUACAAGCACGCCGUCAUGUCUCACGGAAAGCAAUUCACCCUUUACUCUCAUACGGGUGGGCCGAAUGGCUGGAAAGUCGUAUUUGUGCUGAAGGAACUGGGCUUGGAGUAUGAAACGAUUUAUCUCGACCUCGUCAAAGGCGAACAGAAGGCGCCUGGAUUCACCAAGUACAACCCUAACGGCCGCAUCCCUGCGCUGAUCGACCAUGGCAAUAACGACUUUGUCGUGUGGGAGUCUUGCGCGAUCCUAGUUUAUCUCGUAGAGAAAUACGACCCGACGCACAAAAUAUCCCCCGUCGAUGCCGGCGAGAAGAUCACCCAGCUCCAGUGGCUUUUCUUCCAGGCCUCUGGACAAGGCCCGUACUUUGGACAGGUCGUUACCUUCCAGUUAUUUCACUCUGAGAAAAUUCCAAGCGCCAUCGAGAGAUACCAGAAGGAAGUAAUCCGCGUUCUCGGAGUCCUGGAGAGUGUGCUCUCUAAGCAAGAGUGGCUCGUGGGCGGUAAAUACACUAUCGCAGAUUUGUCCUUCAUCCCGUGGAAUACUAGGGUGGAGAGUUUGGUUGAAAGCUACGAAGGCUUCAACUUCGAGAAGGAUUUCCCGGCAGUAUACAAAUGGCACAAUGCUAUACUCUCCCGGAAGGCAGUUAGCGACGCUCUUGCUGAGAAGGAAGCGUUGACCGCUGCGAAGUAG